AUGAAGCUUGGCAAGAAUUUUAAAACUGGCCAUGAGGUUUACAUUUCAGAAUGGAAGAAAAAUAGUGAUCCAACUCCAGGGAAUUCACUCCACAUUGAUCCCACUGGAAAUCCACAUGGCCUUAUCAGACGUAGCACAAAUGUAUCAGCUCGGGCAGGACCAUGGAAUGGUUUAUGCUCGAUUUUAACAAGAGUAGUCUUGACUAGCAAUGGUUAUCUUCAACGUUUGACGUGGGUGGAUCGGACCAAGAAUUGGCAUCUUUACCUCAAUGUACCUCUGGAUAUUUGUGAUACAUAUAGCUUAUGUGGUGCCUAUGGGAGCUGUGACAUAGAUAGUUCCCCCGUUUGUGGAUGUUUGGAAAAGUUUGUAGCCAAAUAUCCGCAACAAUGGGAAAAGGGAGAUUGGUCAGAAGGGUGUUUUCGGAGGUCACCUUUCGAUUGCAACAAGGAACAUGUAUUUCUAAAAUAUUUUGGAAUCAAGUUGCCGGAUACCAAGUACUCUCAGUAUGAUAAGACCAUGACACUCGAAAGUUGUAGGCAAGUAUGCUUGAAGAACUGCUCUUGCACAACUUAUUCGAGUUUAGAUAUAAGCAAUGGAGACAAAGGUUUCUUGUUUUGGUUUGGGGAGUUGAUCGACAUCAGAAAGCUAUCUGGAAGAGGGAAAGACAUUUACAUCAGGAUAGAUUCUUCAGAGCUAGGCCUGAUUCUGUUCUUGUACAUAUGGAAAAAGAAGAAGAAACUAAGACCUGAAGAAGAUUUUGAGCUGCCACUGUUCCAAUUGUUGACAAUAAUUAGAGCCACAAAUAACUUUUCCGUUAACAACAAGAUGGGAGAGGGCGGAUUUGGACCUGUUUACAAGGAAAUAGCAGUGAAGAGACUCUCAAAGACUUCCAAGCAAGGAAUCGAUGAAUUCAAGAACAAAGUUACCUAUAUUGCUAAGCUUCAGCAUCACAGUCUUGUCAGACUUCUGGGUCUCUGCAUUCGAGGGGAACAAAAGAUGUUUAUCUAUGAAUACAUGCCCAACAAAAGCUUGGAUUAUUACAUAUCUGGUUUGGAUUUCCCACCUACUAAAAAAGCUUAA